CCAAAAAAUACCACAAAUCUAGGUCAUUGCCCCUUGAAAGAGCACAGAGAGCUUGAGAAAACAAGGUUGACAUAGAAAGAUCAGGCUGUGACUAUCAUUGACUAUCGCUCAUGAUAGCACUAACUCUUUACAAAGAUCGCAAGCUUAUAAUUUUGUGGUAACUUCGUGCUUUGAUGUUUUUUUUAUCCUUAGAUAUUUACAUAUAUGUGACCCCUUUUUGUGACAUCUUUAAAACGAGGUGAUGGAAGGAAACUGUAUUCGAUGUUCUGACAACAUUGCUGUUGAGAACACAAGAAAAGAAAUGUGGAGACCAGAUUUGAAUGGUAAAAAAAGAUAUCUGACGUACUUAUAAAAACCCAGGACAAGUGAGACAUGAAAUGGAUUGUUUCAUCAGAGCCUGGAAGCUGGUCAUCUUCCUCAUUUUCUGCAUCAAAUUAUGUGGCUGCUACAAAAUCAGUUGUGUUGGGAAGCUGACAGUGGAUUCAGAUGUCAUUCAGAUGGGCACAAAUCUGACUGUCGGCUGCCAGACAUACACUGAACGCUGUGGCAGACGCUUUGCCAUAGACUUCAAUGGACAUACUGUUUUUGAAGCAGUUAAUUGUUCUGUAAUAACAACGCACUUAGUGAUCAAUCAACCCAGCUCUUGGCUACGCUGCAAGGUAAAGGAAGGAGAUACAUGGCAUCUGGUCUGCGGACGAGAUCUCAAGGCUGGCUACCCUCCAGGAAAACCAAAAUUCAGCUGCGUCACAUACCAGCAUUCAGAAUUUAUUUACUGCUAUCUGACAGCCACAACUGAGACCUAUCUGUUAACAAACUUCACGGUCACUUUUCACAACAGAACGUCUCUGUUAGGCCCAUAUGAGAUUAACAAAGGUCAUAUCUCUCUUCAACGAUCAUUAUUCAAAGAGAGUAUGACAUACAACGUCCAUGUAAAAGGGCACAAUGCAUUAGGACAAUCACUAUCUACUUUCAACUUUUCAAUUUGGGACAUUGUGAUUCCAAGCACACCAGAGAUAAUGCAAAUUUUGUUUGAAAAUGGCUCUCGUUUUCCUACAAUUUACUGGGAUGGUUCUGACGAUAGUUUAAAACCAAGUCUGAGGUACAGAAGAGCACACGAUGACCACGCCUGGGAGCUGGGAAAUAUAGCAGCUGUCCGGUUUGGAUGUGUUUUCUUGCAAGAGCCUUUAGAACCACUGAUCUCCUAUCAGUUUGAACUCAGAGUGUGUGUUAGUUCAGCAAACUGCAGCAUGUGGAGUAAACCCUUCAAUAUUACCAGCCCUGGAAUAGCACCCUCAGAGAAAGUUGACGUGUGGGCAGUGAUUAACAGAAGCAGCACUCGAAGACUUCAGAAUAUCACGGUUUUGUGGAAGAGCUAUAGACCAGAAUAUUACAACGGAGAAUUAUUACAUUACAAAUUAUCCUUUACACAAGAAGGCAAGAUCCAGGAGGUGAUUUGCUCACCUGAGCUCACUCAGCAGACUCUUCAGCUGAACACGACAGAUGUUAACAUCAGUGCUGUGAUGUCAUAUGGCUCCUCCCCUCCUGCACAAGUCAACUUCAAACAUACAGGUAAAGCAGCUCCAGUGAUUACAUAUCUAGUUCCGGCAGCAUCUGGCAGUUUGUCUCUGUCCUGGAAUGUGUCUCAUUACACUGAGUAUGAGCAGAAGUGCAUUCUGGGUUUUGUUGUACAGUGGCAAUUUAGCCCAGAGCACCUUGAAUGGAAGAGAUUUGGGAAAGACUGCACUUUUACAUCCCUACAAGGUAUGCAAGCUGGUGUCUUGUAUAAUCUUUCAUUGUAUGCUGAAGAAGCCAAUGGCAUUUCACACCCUGCCUUUGUUCAGGUUUAUGCAAAACAAGAGCAGCCUCUAGCUGGUCCAGAUGUGUCAGUAGCCAGUGUAGGAGAAAGGCGGAUUUUAAUUCAAUGGGAUGAACUGAGCCAAGAAAAGCAAAGGGGAUUUAUCACAAAUUACACCAUUUACUUCCAGAGACACAGAGACAAGCCACUUGAGAACCACACUGUGCCUUUCAAACUUCCUAGACGUUUGAUUUGGGAGCUACGAGGCCCACAGGAAUGUUUUGAUAUCCUGGUCUCUGCAUGGAAUUCAGCAGGUGAAGGACCCAAAGGAAAACCUACCACCUGCUGCUGUCCCAGCAAUGGUCAAUUUGGUACAGACAAGGCAACAGGUGGAAUGAUAGCUGGGAUUUGUUUGGCAGCUGCCGUUCCUAUAGUGAUCUUGGCCAACCUGAUGUACCUGAAAUGUGUGCGGCAAAGAAUGAUGAAAAUGUGCAUGUCCAUAGGAGUCUCUUGGAUUUUUGAGAAUUUGCCGAAAUUCGACAACAGCAAUGCUAUAAAACUGCUUAAGGAUGACAGCUAUGGCCCCUGGCAGCCUCUUCCUGGAGACAGCGAUCCUCCUUUAACUCCCAUUGAAGAACUCAGUGUGUCUUGGGAGAGGAAAGACUCUUAUCCAACUGUUGUUCAUGUCACAGAAACACCACCAACGAAUCCGUUUUCCAUUGAUUCUCCUUAUAAACCUCAAUUAUUGACCGCUUCACAGAGAAACGAAGAUGUCUCCGAGACUAUAGAGGAGGAGCUAAAAGAAGAAGACCAGUUUCCUUUAUUGAUGACUCCAACGCAUCAUGACUUCAUGUGGGAUUUACCCAGUAUUCCUGUCGUACAUGGACGUCUUAAUAGCUUCAUAGCCAUGGAUGGAGCACUGGGAUCUUUGGGCAAUCUUGAAGACCUCCUCGUUCAGGCAACCUCUGAUAAAGAUGGAGGAAUGGACGAGAAUGAGAGGAUUAUGGGAACAGGAGAUUUAGGUCAGAGCUCUUUCGUUGGUCAAACUGUACUACCCAAUGACCGUGAGAGUUGCCUCUUUAAUUCUAGCCCAUAUUCACCACAAGGCCUUUGUUAUAAUUUCUCAGUUGCAAAUGAGGGUUAGAGUUCUUUUAACUGAACUUCAGCAUUCAGCAAAACAUAUUCACACACAUGAAUGUAGAGGAUGAAUAUUACUGUCUUUUUUAAAAGCAAAAUCAGCCCCAGGGUUGCCACAUCUACAGUUAUCCUGCAGAAUCAGGAUGUUUUUAAUCACAUGCCACUGUUUUUUUUUAUUUUGCAGGUUAAAGGUUUAACAUAUUGCCUGAAUUUUAUUUAUAGAUUACCGAUCAAAAGUUUGGGGUCAGUUUGUUUUCUUUUCUUUCUUUUUUUUUAAAGGAAAUUAUUCUGUUCA